UAUGCAGCGUCACUUCCGUCUCCUCCUUAGCAAGGCAAGAUGGCGGCCGUCGUAGAGAGAGUUGAUGGAUGUGUUGGGUCCUUGGACUCAGACGCGGUGUCACCGAGACAGUCCACCCCUCCACCGGACCAGCCGCACCAGAACAACCCGCUGUUGGGACUCCCCAUCGUGGCCAUCGAUGCUAUUCUGAAUUUUCUGACCUACGACGAAAUCAGCCUGCUGCGCCCGGUGUGUAAGCGCAUGGACGUGAUCUGCCAGCGCGUCCUGAACCAGGGCUUCCUGAAGGUGGAGCGGUACCACAGUCUGUGCCAGAGGCAAGUCAAAGCCCAGCUGCCCAGGCGAGAGUCGGAGAGGAGGAACCAUUCCCUGGCCCGCCACGCUGACAUCCUGGCCGCCGUGGAGACGCGCCUCUCUCUGCUCAACAUGACCUUCAUGAAAUACGUCGACUCCAACCUCUGCUGCUUCAUCCCCGGAAAGGUGAUAGAUGAGAUUUACCGCGUGCUGCGCUACGUGAACUCCACUCGCGCCCCACAGCGAGCUCACGAGGUUCUGCAGGAGCUGAGGGACAUCUCCUCCAUGGCCAUGGAGUACUUUGACGAGAAGAUUGUCCCCAUCCUGAAGAAGAAGCUGCCGGGGGCAGACCUGUCCGGACGCCUCAUUGGCUCCACACCAGUGGCCGGUCCAUCCAACUCCCUGACCACCAUGUCCCUGUUGGCCAAGAACACGCCGUCGCGCUCGGAGAUGACCAAGGUGCAGCAGCAGGUCAAGGUGAACGGCGCGUCGAUGACGGUGCUGCGCCGGGAGAUGCAGGAGAUCCGCGUCAAGCAGCUGGAGCAGCAGAAGCAGCUGCAGGACCAGGAGCAGAAGCUGCUGGAACAGACCCAGGUGAUCGGCGAGCAGAACGCCCGCCUCGCCGAGCUGGAGCACAAGCUUCGCGAACUGAUGGAAAGCAGCGCCGCCGCCCUGGGCGGUGCCCGGCCCGGCGCCACCACCCCCUCCUCAUCCAGCAGCGCCGCCGCCGGGGCCCCCACGCCCGCCGCCGCCGUGGCCCCCAAUACCCUGUUGGCCGGUGGCAGCGCCGCCCCAGCGUCUCUAUCCAGAGAGCCAGAGGGCGACGGAGGAUCUUCACUCAAACGCACCAGAAAGAGCUCGGAGCACCCGCGGCAGUCCAAACGGCUGCGCCGCAAGAAAUAAGAGACUCCGUGUGUCAUUUAGUUGAAGUUUAGUUUUUGGUUUCAAGGUCUGACUGAUCACACCUUCUCCCAAAUCCCCCGUGUCUUUGACCCCCCCCCCCCCCCCCCCCCCCCCCCCCCCCCAGCAACACCCAUCAGAAUCAGAGUAUAGGCAGGUGAUCGGGCCGUUGCAGCGAAGACUAUUUAUUGAAGAUUACGUUAAAAUCACUGUAAGGUUUUUUAAUGUAGAUGCUUUUCUAACAGGCUAUGCCCAAAAAGUUGGUAGGGCUAAACAGAAAUUCAGAUGGUGGGUUAUUUUGGUCAACAGAAGUCACAUGUCACGAAAUAUUAAUGUAGUCCCUCCGUGUUUGUGAACUCAAAUCUACCAAUAGAUUUCAUUUCAUAAAUGUACACGAUUAAGAGGAUAUCUCAGUAAAAAUGCAUCUCAAUAACCCGAGCUUAAAUUAAUCACCUACUGUAAGUGUGAUGUUAAGGGGAAUCAGUGAUGGGUGGAAGCAUUGGUUUCAUUCAUAUGUUCUUCCUAACUUUGGCUAAGUGCAAUAAAAAUCAUCUAGAAUGUAAGAUGUAAUGGAUAUUCCUUGCCAGCUCGGUCGGUCAGUCCAAACUCAGCUCAGGUCGAUGUGACCGGUUUUUGAAUCGCCAUAAAAGAAGAGAAGGGUUGUUGUGGAAGGAAAAAGGCGGUGUUCAGGUCGCAUUAGUCAAAGUGUCACCUGUCGUCUCGUGUGGAAAGAAUUUCCUUACGAGUGUUUCCAGCGAGACAUUAUGAAAGCAUCUGGCGUUCAUGCUUCUCUUUUACUGUAUGGAAACUAUAAACUGCUCUCCAUUGGAUCAUACCAGUGUUUUUACAUAUUUCAGCCUUUUUAAUACAAAUAAUGCACAGCUCACAACUUUUUGUUUUUUCAUAAGUGUUAGAGAAUUUUGAAUGGGUUUCUACUUUCUGGAUACUAGGAUUGG